GGCAGGCAUGGAGAUGUGCCACUCAGAUCCUUCUUCAAGAAAGGACUUGCUGCCCUGCUCAGGGGCCAGUAGUGUGAUCAGCAGAUGGCCUCCAGCUGUCAGCGCAUUCAGGGUCUGCCUCAGCUGCAGUCCUGCCCUUCCCAUGGCCGCCAUAUACUAUCUGAGGGAGAGGGGAGUAUAAAGGGUGGAGUGGGGCACUCCAACUUACAAUACUGACUCCAGAGCUCCCUGUCUCAUCAUCUGCUUCUGGCAAACCUAACUGCAGUGCAAAUUAACUCAUGCAACCAACAUGAAGAGAAUUGCCAUCUCAGACCUCUCACAGCAACUAAGGCUGCAAAUUUGGGAUAUCAGUCAAAAUUCCUGUUACUACUUCCUGUGAUGAUUUUACGGGAAGUAACUCGGUUAGUUACUUGAGCCCCAAGUAACUAACCGAGUUCCCUUUUCAUGGUGAAGCUCUACCUGCUUACCCAAUAUAUUACUGUAAUCUUACUUGAAAUCGUUUUCUGCCUGAUAUAAAUAUGUACAAGCACACCCCACCCAGGCACACAUGGCCUGUAGUUCCCACAACCUCACUGCACUUAAUCUUGGCUCUGCCAACAAUUAGCUGUGGGAACUUGGGCAAUUUAUUUACCAAUCUGUGCUCAAUUUCCUUAUCUGUAAAAUAGGCAUCGUCAUCUGAUAGGGUUGUAAAGAGUAAAUGAGCUAGUACUUUAAAAAGUGUGUAGAUAGAACAGCCUCUGCCAAUACUGCAUAUUCAAUAAAUGCUAGCCAUUAUCAUUAUUGGUCUGAGUUCUACAUUGUCUAUACGUUUUCUUAUCUGUCUCAGCAACCAACAUCCUAUAAUAACAUAUCGACUAAUCAAUUACAGAAAAAGUUCUUAUGUUUCAAGCCCCUUAAUUAUCAGACUUCAGAUUUUUGGACCUAGGUUAAAUCCUAGACUUGACUUCAGUUGAAUUUGUUAUCAGCUGAAUGUUUUGGAUUUUCCCAAUUCAUGAAGAUGUAAACCAGAUACGUGAAGAUUAAAUCGGGAGCAUAUAUGUAAAAGGCUUUUAUGAAAUAUAAAACAUAUGAAAAUGUGGGAUAUUAUUCCAAUAUUAUUAAGAAGCUAGACAACUCCUGCAAUUACAAAAUGAAAUUCUUCGCUCUUCAAGUAAAAUUGAGCCCCUUCCCCAAAAUGAUUUCCCCCUCGGUGGUUAAAGCUCAAAUGAGGCCGAUUUAAGAGGAAUCAUUUUAAAAUGAUUGGAUAGCCUACCAUAGGGCAAAGUUCCGAAGAUGCUGAAAUGACUUUAAAGCAUUUAGGACCAAAUGUUAACAUCUAUUAUCAGUCCUAGGAAAUCAUAUUUUUCAGUCCUCCUGAAAAUUCUGUUAAAUAAAAGGUUAGACUUCUUUCAACGCCUAAGAAAGUUAUUCGCAUAUCAAAGAAGAGCAUAUUUAAGAAAAACAAAAGCUGCCCUUGCUUUUGACCACAAGUUGGGAAUUUUCUGUCAUUGGUGCAGCGCCUGAAAACAAGAUCCAACUUUCAUUUGGCUAUUUCUACGGGGCCUCGAAAAUCUAAAAUAUUGCAAACAAUGGGACCCACUGUUUAAUGCUACGCGUAUUUUAACAAAUUCCCUCCAAGAAGUGUACAUAUUUUAAGAUGCCAGUUUGGAAAAACAGACUGCAGGUCGCCACGACGGAUCUCACACAAUAUGGAAUAACGGAAUACACAGCCCGAAGCCUUUUGCUGUGUUGUUUUUAACAAGAGGGGAUGGGCGUAGAAGAAAUGGGCUUAAAACACCCGAUGCUACAGCUAGCAAACUGAUUGUUCCAGAGCGCUGGACGUUCCUCCGAGCAGGGAGCCACCAGGGAGGGGUGCAAAGACACAGGAAGCGGCCUCUUUCCCGUUGACACUGCGGAGACGCCGCUAUCCCUACAUAUUCCUACCCGCGGCUCCCCGACCCAAUGUGGGGUCACCCGAGAGCAGCGCCCCGGCAAGAUCAGGCUCAGCUCCCAGCUCUGCCCGCUAGGGCCCCCCGACACGCCAGCGUCGGGGAGGGGCGGGGAAGGGAGAGAGAGUUUUCUGGUGAGAAAACAAGGAAAAGAGGAGGCGGUUGCGCAAUCUGGGCCUGGGGUGCGGCUCGGGGAACAAAGAGGGCGUGAAAGCACCAGCAGCCCAGACUCUGCGAAUCCACUCAAAUCUGCCGCCGGGGCAGAGCCCCAGUGCUUGUGGAUACGCAGAUUUCUCAAAGCCAGUCCAGCCUACAGGAUCACAAAUGCUAUCUCGCAGCACCCAGGACUCUACACUGUAAACAAACGCCGGGGCUGCUCGGGCCCAGGGAAAUUUGAAAACAAUCGCUUCACAUCUGCCAUUCACCUCAACCUCCUUCAGCUCACGAUUGCAGACGGCCAGGGGCGACGGCAGCUGGGCAACGCCUCAACCGAGCUUGGUCCUUCCCUUUGGUCCCACCCCACUGCUCAGCGCGGAUUGGUGGCGGGGAGCAACUCCGGCGCUGAUUGGGCGGCGGCGGAGUCGCUCAAGGAGACAGCUUUUGGUUCCUCCCCUUCCACCCUAUCCCUUAAUUUUAUUUUUUUUGAAGCGUCUGCAUUUCAAGCUGCCAAGUUGGAGAGAGUGAUUGCAGAAGGGAGUGCUCCUCAUUUCAGGUAUCUUACCCUCUAGCUGUUACUGAGAAAACCAUUUUGAUUCAGGAUCUAAUAUGAGAAUCCAAAGCUUACUCUGAGCCAAAUCAUAAAGUUGAAAUCAAAAGUAGCUAUAUUUAGGUAGACACUAAAUUUGAAUGCCUUAACUUUUAAGACUGGUAUUCAUCAGAGGUCCUAAACUUUGCAUUACCCUUCCAUUUAAUUAUGCUUUUAAAAAACUAUUAUAUGAGGAAUAAACCUAUUUAAAUGAGAGUUUUCUUUAGGUCUUCGUUAAGCCUUCACCUAAAGAAUAAUGGGAUGCAGAGUAAUCAGUAAAAUAUAUGCAUUAUUUUGAAUGAAUCUUAUUUUGGAUAAUAUAAAUAUUUAUGUAAUUUAAGUCCAGAGAAAUAGUAGCUAACUUUUGGUUUACAGUUUAUUUUUCAAUGUUAACACACAGUGUUUAGAUACAACAGAAUUCUGUGUCUUGCAAAACUUUGAACUGUUUGUGUGUUUUUGACCUAGCUCAUCAGAAUAAUUACUAGCCCUGAAAGGAGCCUUAAGAUGUAUGACGGUGUCAACAGUGAAUGUAUCUAAUGGCAGUAGGCAUCAGAAAGCUAGAAGAGAUUCCAAGAUACUGUAUAUCAUGAAAGGGGAUGAUAAAUUAUGGCCCCAUGCUGUCUGUUUUUAUAAAUAGAGAUUUAUUGGAACACAGUUGUGCCCAUUCUUUACCGUUGUGUCUAUGGCUGCUGCCAUGCUACAACUACAAAGCUGAGUAGUUGCAACAGAGACCAUACGGCCCAUCAGGUAAAAAACAUUUACCGUAUGGCACUUAACAGGAGAAGUUUGCCAACCCUGCCAUGGGACCUCAAGGUCCCUUCCUUAAAAAUGCAUUUAUCAACUCAUUAUUUCUUAGUCCAAUGGUUCCCAAACUGUGUUUUAUAGAAGAUUAAUGUUAUCUUAAGUUAAUAAGCGUUGUGAGAAAAAGAUCAAUGCUAACAAUAGUUUCUUCUUUUAGAAUUUAUUUUAAAAUGUAAGUUUAAGACUACUAAACUCAUUUCUAUAGCUUUUAUUUUUAUGUGAUAAUCUACCUUUAAGAAAAGGUGUGCCAUACCUGAGAGCACCAGGAAGUCGAAUGAGAGAUCACCUGAUACACGAACGUGUGAUGUUCCAUCUGCGCGUUGAUGCAUAGGCAGCACUUACAAAUUAACUGAUGUGUUGCUAUAUAUCAUCUCUUUGAUGGUUGCUCAUCUUCUGUGUAUCCUGUCUUAUAAUUUCAACACAUUUGUGAUACUCAAUGUUUAUUCUAAAUUAACCAUGUUUUGUACCACAAAUUCAUUGCCUAUGGAUCUGUUGCUGAAACAAGGAAGUCUUAAACAAGAAGUAGAAUCUUUUUGUUACCAAAUUGUGUCUGAAUCAAAUGAUCAAAAGGUUGGAAUAUUACAGAGUGAAGAUGAGCAGUUGCAGCCUGCAGUUUCUAAAAAUUCAGAAGGUGAGCUUUCCAGGGUCAAAUUUAUGUCCAAUUCCAACAAAAUAACAACAUUUAGUAAGAAACCAAAAAGAAGAAAAUAUGAUGAAAGUUAUUUGUCUUUUGGAUUUACUUACUUUGGAAAUAGAGAUGCACCUCAUGCCCAGUGUGUAUUAUGUAAGAAAAUUUUAUCAAAUAGCUCUUUGGCCCCUAGUAAGCUUCGAAGACAUUUGGAAACUAAACAUGCUGCAUACAAAGACAAAGACAUAAGCUUUUUCAAGCAACAUCUUGAGUCACCUGAAAAUAAUAAACCCCCAGCACCUAAAAUUGUCAAUACAGAUAAUGAAAGUGCUACAGAAGCAUCAUACAAUGUAAGUUACCAUAUAGCCCUGAGUGGAGAGGCUCAUACUAUUGGAGAAUUGCUUAUCAAGCCUUGUGCAAAAGAUGUGGUGAUGCGGAUGUUUGACGAACAGUAUAGUAAAAAAAUAGAUGCAGUACAGCUAUCAAACAGUACUGUUGCACGUCGAAUUAAGGAUCUAGCUGCUGACAUUGAAGAAGAGCUUGUUUGUAGACUGAAAAUUUGUGAUGGGUUUUCACUGCAACUAGAUGAAUCAGCUGAUGUUUCAGGACUUGCUGUGCUGCUUGUGUUUGUUCGUUACAGGUUUAAUAAGUCUAUUGAGGAAGACCUACUCUUAUGUGAAUCUUUGCAAAGUAAUGCCACUGGUGAAGAAAUUUUCAACUGCAUCAACAGUUUUAUGCAGAAACAUGAAAUUGAAUGGGAAAAAUGUGUUGAUGUUUGUAGUGAUGCUUCCAGGGCAAUGGACGGGAAAAUUGCUGAGGCUGUCACCUUGAUAAAAUAUGUGGCUCCCGAAAGCUCCAGUAGUCACUGCCUGUUAUAUAGACAUGCACUAGCAGUUAAAACAAUGCCUGCAUCUCUGAAAAAUGUGCUAGAUCAGGCCGUACAAAUCAUCAAUUAUAUUAAAGCUCGACCACAUCAAUCCAGACUACUAAAAAUUUUGUGUGAAGCAGUGGGUGCCCAGCACACAGCACUUCUUCUAAAUACAGAGGUGAGGUGGCUUUCCCGAGGUAAAGUUCUUGUAAGACUUUUUGAGCUUCGUCGUGAAACUGUUGUUUUCAUGGAUUCUGCUUUUCGACUGUCUGAUUGUUUAACAAAUUCAUCUUGGCUGCUAAGACUGGCAUAUCUUGCAGAUAUUUUUACUAAAUUAAAUGAGGUUAAUCUGUCAAUGCAAGGAAAAAAUGUGACAGUGUUCACAGUAUUUGAUAAAAUGUCAUCAUUGUUAAGAAAAUUGGAAUUUUGGGCCUCAUCUGUCGAAGAAGAAAACUUUGAUUGUUUUCCUACACUCAGUGACUUUUUGACUGAAAUUAAUUCUACAGUUGAUAAAGAUAUUUGCAGUGCCAUAGUGCAGCACCUAAGGGGUUUGCGCUCUACUCUGUUAAAAUAUUUUCCUGUAACAAAUGACAAUAAUGCUUGGGUUAGAAAUCCAUUUACAGUAACUGUUAAACCAGUCUCAUUAGUAGCACGGGACUACGAGAGCCUGAUUGAUUUAACAUCUGAUUCUCAAGUGAAACAAAAUUUCAGUGAACUUUCACUAAAUGAUUUUUGGAGUAGCCUAAUUCAAGAGUACCCAAGUGUUGCAAGGCGUGCAGUUCGUGUACUUCUUCCUUUUGCUACAAUGCACCUGUGUGAGACAGGAUUUUCAUAUUAUGCUGCAACAAAAACGAAAUACAGGAAAAGACUCGAUGCUGCACCUCACAUGCGGAUCCGACUUAGCAACAUUACACCUAAUAUUAAGCGGAUAUGUGACAAAAAGACACAAAAACACUGUUCUCAUUAAAAUUGGAGGGUUUUGCAUGCCUCUUGAUAACCAAAUAUAAGAUGAAAAUAAAAGAUGAUUUACUUCACUGAUGAUA